CGCUUAUCCAGAUAAAUGAUAUAUCUCAUUACCUAAGAUAACAGGGCAAGGUUGAUUGAUUGAUAAACAUUCAUCAUCCAUCACCUCAACAAACCGAAGCCUCGUCUCUCUUACUUGUUCCACAUUCAGCCUCGCCACCAGUAAGACAGAACCCCGUCGAUAUCGACAAGAAACGCAUUUACCGCCCCCUCGAUAAUAUUAAGCAUCGUCCAAUCUACAUCAAACGUACCUACAUAUUCAUAUCAUAAGUCAUGGCCGCACCCUCAAACAAGUCCGGCGACAAGCCUGCUACCGAAGCCUCCAAGGAGCAGCCCCAGGCACAGCAGAAGCCGGCUACUGCGCUAGAAGAGGACGACGAGUUUGAGGACUUCCCCGUAGAAGACUGGCCGGCAGAAGAGACCGAAGCAGCAGCGACAGCAGUGACGGGAGGCAACGGUACUACGACGCAACACUUGUGGGAGGAGAGCUGGGACGACGACGACACCUCCGACGACUUUUCCGCGCAACUAAGAGAGGAACUCAAGAAAGUCGAAGCCUCGAAGCGAAGAUAAGACCGUAUUUACGGAUUAGGCGUUUUCCAGCACGACAAUUAAGCAAGCAAGCAAGCAGGGCUAGUAGCAUAAGGAUCAGGCCAUGACUAGAAAACCGAACUGCAUUGUAUCUAUUCUCCAACGCUCCGCAUUAUUUCGCUAGGCGUAGAGCAAAUGAGCAAGGCUUUGAUUAAUAGACCAGCAGACGUAGAGCUGCCGAAUAGAGACUUCCUUGCCUUUACGUAUCGAGACUUCUUUCUCCCUUGCCUACUAGCCAACAUGAAAAUCGAUGUUAUCAUCAAUAUCUAGAACAAUUGCAUCAUAGAUAAAACA